AUGUUCGACCCCGACAAACCGCCGCCCGAACGCGUCGAUGACAAUGCCAAUGCCUCGAGCCCGGUCGGACGUGGGCAACCUGCUGAUGAGGCCAUCUACACGCCCAGGAUGCUCAUCACGCCAGCUCACAUCGUGGCGCGUAUAUCACCAUCGAUGUCCGUGCAUCGGAUCCAGUCGGCCAGGCCCUCUCUCACGCCUUCGCAGGCUCGACGACCGUUCUGUCACCUCGGGUAUCAUCCCAGCUCUUUUCAAGUGCAUUUGACUUAUUUAUCGAAUUCGGCUUCGGCGCGUGGCGCGUUCCUGACCACCCAGCCGCCUACGUCUGUGCUCCGCCCCAUCGCCGGCGCCUCGUCCAAGAAGAACCCGACCCAAGCCCGCUCCAUCAUCUCAUUGAAGUUCGAUAUGAAGAUGGCGUUCCCCUUGAUGAUGGACGUUCUUGAGUGGUUCCUCGACCACGAAGCCGGCGACGCCAUCACCGAGUCGGCUGAUCUUCCCCGCACCACCCACGAGAUCUUCCUGGAUUGGGAGGGGUUGAUUUCGGACGUG